UAUAUUAGAAAAUACAAAAAGUGUAAAAAAUUCAUAUUAGAAUAAAAGAGAAAAGGAAAAGAAAAUUUUUAAAAUAAAUAAUUCUUGUAAAUAAAUAAAAAAAUUUCUUUAUUAAGAGAAAAAUUAUAUUGUAAAUAUAUAAAUAAGAGUGUAAAAAAAAUAAUAUAAAAAUAAAAUUUUAAAGCCCUUAUUGAAAGGCUUAUAACUGUCAUAGGAAAAAAGACUGUUAAAGACUUAUAUUAAACGUGAUCUUUUAUAAUAAUAUAAUUUGACAUAAAAUUGAGAAAAAAGAAAACAAAAAAUUAAAUAAGAAUUUUAAAAAAGACUUUUAAUAAUUAAAAUUAUUUUAUUUUUGGAAACUUUUAUUAUAAACUAAUUUAAAAAAAAAAACGAAAAUGGUUUUAGGAACCAAGGCACUUUGUCGUCACGUAUUGAGAAAUCAACAUAAAUUAAAAUCUUAUUUACAAUUUAUACAACAACAACAAUUAAGAGCAUGUAGUAAUACAUCAUUACCACAAGCUCAACCGAAAGUUGAAAAACUUGAUCAAGAUGAUAGUAUACCAAUAUUGAGAAUUCCACCAAAUUAUGCUGCUGAAACUGUUGAACAAAUUUCACAUGAACCAGAUGUUGGUGAUCAAUUUUUGUCUAAAGAUUUAUCAAUACGGCUAGCAGCUCCAGCACAAUUACAACCAAAACCAGAAGUUGAUGAAUUAGCAUUCGGAAAACAUUUUACUGAUCAUAUGCUUAAAAUAUUCUAUCAUAGAAAUUUAGGUGGAUGGCAAAAACCUGAAAUAACACCAUUAGAAAAUUUAGUUAUGCAUCCUGCUGCUAAAGUUUUACAUUAUGCCGUUGAGCUUUUUGAAGGUAUGAAAGCAUACCGUGGUGUUGAUGGUAAAAUUCGAUUAUUCCGACCAGAAAUGAAUAUGAAACGUAUGAAUUUAACUGCAAAACGUUCAGGUUUACCAACAUUUGAAGGUCAUGAAUUUGUUAAAUGUUUAUCACGAUUGGUAUCAAUUGAUCAAGAAUGGGUACCACAUACUGAAUCAGCUAGUUUAUAUAUUAGACCAACAUUGAUUGGAAUAGAUCCCACCUUAGGUGUCGCAUCAUCUGAUUCUGCUUUAUUAUAUGCUAUUCUUAGUCCAGUAGGAGCUUAUUUCAAAGGUGAUAAAUCCGGAGCAGUAUCAUUAUUAGCAGAUCCCGCAUACACAAGAGCAUGGCCAGGUGGUGUAGGAGAUCGUAAAAUGGGUUCAAAUUAUGCACCAACAAUACGUGUACAAAAAGAAGCUGAAAAGAAAGGUUUAAAUCAAGUACUUUGGCUAUAUGGUGAAGAACAUGAAUUGACGGAAGUUGGUACAAUGAAUAUUUUCAUGUUUUAUAUAAAUGAUGCUGGUGAAAAAGAAUUAAUUACACCACCAUUAGAUGGUUUAAUAUUACCGGGUAUUACAAGAGAUUCAAUUAUACGAUUAGCUAAACAAUGGGGUAAAUUUAAUGUUAGAGAAGGAAAAUUCACAAUGCCACAAAUUGUUGAACUUUUAAGACAUGAUAGAUUAUUAGAACUUUUUGGAACUGGUACUGCUUGUAUUGUUAGCCCUAUCAAUAGCAUUAGUUAUAUGGGAGAAAAUUUAUAUAUUCCAACAAUGGAACAGGAAUCACCGGUAUUUGAAAAAAUUCGUACUUGUUUGACUGAUAUUCAAUACGGAAAAGUAAAACAUCCUUGGGCUGUUGUAAUUGAUUAAUAUAUUAGAUAUAUGACAUAUUAGAAAUAUUAAAAGAAUUUUUUUUUUUGAAGAAGAAAAGAUAAUUAUUUAGAAAAAAAAUAUUAUAUUGAAUAAUAUUUACAAUGCAAAAAAGCUUAUUUGCUUAUACAUACAAUUGGUAAAUCAGAUUUCUGACAAAAUUGAUGAUAAUUGAUGAAUUCAUAUGAAAUACUAAGUUAAAUUUCAUUUGUAUUCCAAAAAAAGGCAAAUUAUACAAACAGGAGUAUAUUGCAUAGCAGCUUUUUGCAUUGUAAUGUGCCGUAGAAUCUUCUUUAUGUAAUUUAUCACAUCGCUAAAAGUUUACGUCCUAAAGACUUAGGCUCUCUCCUCUAUUUUUUUUUAGUUUUCUUUUUUAAAUUUUUGGUGAUGCAUUUAUUACAUUAAAACUUUUAAAAUUAAAAAAUUAUUUAUAUUAAUUUAAUAUAUAUUUUUAAUAUUAUGUAUUAAGUUUUUAUGCUGUUUAUUUAUUAUUUGAACUUUAAAAACGAAUUUAUAAAAUAUCUUUUAGUUAAAAAAAUAAAGAAAUUAAAAUUAAAAUUUAUACAACUGUAUACAAAAUUUAAAAUUAAAAUUAUUAAAAAAAUUCAAAAAAAAAAAAGAAAGAAAAAACAAUAAUAUCAAAAAAUAUUUUUAUACGGUUAUUAUAAUAUAAAGCUUUAUAACAAUACGUAGGUUGGUUAAGGUAAAAAAGAAGAAAAAAUUAAAAUCAAAAUUUAUCAGACUGGCUCCAUUUAAUUCCUUAUUAUAUAAUGAAUAAAAAAUAAAGUAAUACUUGUAUAUAUAAUAAAAUUACAACCAUCUAAGGAAAAUUAAAUUGAGUCACAUAAUUAUCUUUUAAAAAGAAUGUAUAAUGUUUAACUGUCGUAGUAGAGUCUGUGAAAAUUUUGAAAAAUAAUUUCGCUUAUUCUAAUAGAAUAAAUUUUUAUUUCAAAUUUUAUAUAUUUUUUUUAUUUAAACAAAAUUCGUACCAUAAAAUUUAUGGACUUUUUUUUUUAUUCAAUAUAUUUAAAUAUUUAUGUAUACGUGUAUAUUGUAUAUUUUUAAAUUUUCGCAUGUAUUAAUAGUUCUGUGUAAAUUUUAAGAUUUUUUAGUUUAAGGUGAAAUCUCGUUUUGGUAUAAUUUAAUAUUGAAAUAUUUUUAACAUGCAAAAAUAAAAAAAAAAAUUAAAACCAAAAAUAAUUAUUAUCAUUUCUUUAUUGUAAUCCAGUUUAAUCAUCUUAAAUAAAAUUCAAAAAUAAUAAAAAAAA